AUGAACGAAGAUGCAGACAUGGCGGGCGGUGUCGAGCACACCCUGCCCAGCAUCUACUCUAUCACCGGUCAUCGCCGUGACGCUGAUGUCGAGACACUUUUCCAGCUGCGAAUCGAAGGGAAAGACGGACGACAAGCUUGGGUCCCUGAGAGCGCUGUUCAAGAGAAUUUAGAAAUGGCCCUUUUCGCCUACUGGGACAGUGUCGCGGAUGGGCGUUUGGGCGCAAUGGCCCACAAAGACCUUUGGCAUCCGUUCAGGAUCGAGGGUCAUAGAAAGACUCCCAGGGGUAGUCAGCUAUUGGUUUACUGGGUGGGGUCGCCCAAGCGGUCUUGGCAAUACGAGAGAGUCAUUGUCAAGGCUGAUCCCAAGCUCGUCGAGGACUACCGGGUUUCCGUACGGCAACAUCAAAAACAGGACCAAAAUAUCCUGGUCGCCUCGCCCGAUGAUAGCAUCACCUCCGUGGCUAGUAUUCCGAAGCAAACAUCGGUGGAGAUGUUGUAUGAGACCCGAACUACUGAGAACACUCUCAUCAAGACAGUAACACAGACGGUCACCGUCACCAAAGGCGACACUGAAGUUCCGACAGACGACCCGAAUAUCACGACAACUGCCCUUUCGUCGACAGGAUCAGCAGCGCCAGCUUCCAGUAAGAAGCUCAAGCAGACACAAAUAGCCGGCAUUAUCGGGGGAGUCCUCGCCACAAUGUUGAUCGUGUUGGUCAUUAGUGCAUGGAGCCUUCAUCGGCGGCGGACACCUUUGAAGCAAGAUGACUUGAAUACAGGCUCCGUCAGCGAGCUCACACAUUUUCCUGGCAGACUUGGGGUACUGCGUAUUACUAAUCCGGACUAA